AUAUAAUUUAGGAUCCUAUAAAGUUUGCAUUUGUGAUAUGAACAAUUCAAAUGCACAUACAAGCCACAGUACUGGUCAUCAUACUCCUGGAAAUAUAUCUACGUGUAGAUGCAUCAUGCAGCAACGCCUCAGAUGUUCUUGACGUCACCGCUACGUCCGAUGCCAGGAGAAUUUUUUUCCCAAUAACAAAUGCACCGUCCUCGACGUACGAUAUUUGUUACGACUGGCGGAUCACAGGACAGCCAGGGGAGAUGAUGGAGUUAUAUCUAGUGAGAACAUAUCAAUAUGACCAGCCGUGUACCGUGGGACGGUCCUGUCUCCUCAUUUAUGACGGAUAUAAUUUCUCAGCGAUGUUUGGCUUCCGGAAGAUGAGAGAGGAGGGCGGAAAUGUAACGGAGGCCCUGCGCUUGGCAUAUCCAAUCCACCAGCAUGUGUUCAUCCGGUUCUAUACGUAUGAAAAUAGCGGAUUCGUCAUUCAACAUAGAUCCAGAAAUGAUAUAGACGACUAUGGGUUUGCCAGCGACAAGAAAAAGACGAUCGGGAUCGCCCUAGCGACCAGUGGGGGCGCUCUGGUUUUCAUUAUUAUCGCCAUCUUUACGGUCCUGUCCUGUAGCAGGGACAAAGGCAAGGAGACGGACAGCCAGAGUGGACUGGUCCCCGAGUCCGCAGGGGACCAGAAUAGGGGGAUAGGACUGUUCUAUAAAACAAACAAGAGACAAAACAUGUCAACGUUAUGAUGAUAGUGAAAGGUUCCCAUUAAAUUACAGUAUCGAGAGAAAACUGUAGCAUUUUUUAUCGAUUAUGAAAGUAACAAGUUUUUAAGAUGAUUCGACGAAAAUGUGAAGCAGUUUAAUGUAAUUUGUAGAUAUGAUGAAUGAUUCGUAAUAUGUCUCAGGGGCGAUAAUUUUUGCAAGGUCAACUUUUUGAUGAUACUAGAUGUUUGUUUGAGUUGCUCCUCUUUCCUCACUCUCCUUCAGCUUAUGGGU